CCGGCGGCCGGCCGGCGGCAUAGCAGUAGCUCCCACUCCCGUGUCAACAACAAGUAACAAGAAGGAUGGCGCAGAGCGCGCUGCGAGGCCCCUCCGACUACUCCAGCGAGCCCCCACGCCACCCCUCCCUCCGCAUCAACGCCAAGGAGCCAUUCAACGCGGAGCCGGCGCGGCGGGACCUGGCGGCGUCGUACAUCACCCCCGUUGACCUCUUCUUCAAGCGCAACCACGGCCCCAUCCCCAUCCUCGAUGACAUUGACAGCUACUACGUCACCAUCGGUGGCCUCGUAGGCGAGCCGAGGCGCCUCUCUCUGGAUGACAUAAGGAAGCUGCCGAAGUACAAUGUUACCGCCACCCUGCAGUGUGCAGGGAACAGGAGGACGGAGAUGAGCAGGAGCAGGAAGGUGAGGGGCGUUGGAUGGGAUGUUUGUGCUCUUGGGAAUGCAACUUGGGGAGGAGCUAAAUUGUCAGAUGUCCUUCAGCUCGUUUGUGUGCCAUAUCAUACUGAAAUCACUAUGGCUGGUGGAAAGCAUGUUGAGUUCAUUAGUGUUGAUCAGUGCCCGGAGGAAAAAGGUGGCCCAUACAGAGCAUCAAUUCCAUUGGGCCAGGCAACCAAUCCUGCAGCAGACGUAUUGCUUGCUUAUGAAAUGAAUGGCGAGGUACUCAAGCGUGAUCAUGGAUACCCUCUCCGUGCCAUUGUUCCAGGUGUCAUUGGUGCUCGUUCUGUCAAAUGGUUAGAUAAGAUUGACAUAAUUGAGGAAGAGUCUAAAGGUUUCUUCAUGCAAAAAGAUUAUAAGAUGUUCCCUCCAUCAGUUGAUUGGGAUAAUAUCGUGUGGUCAACGAGGAAGCCCCAAAUGGACUACCCAGUUCAGUCUGCUGUAUGUUCUUUGGAAGAUAAGAGUGCUGUCAAACCUGGACAGGUUACUGUUGCUGGAUAUGCCCUGUCAGGAGGUGGCAGGGGCAUUGAGAGGGUUGACAUUUCCCCUGAUGGUGGCAAGAGUUGGAUCGAGGCACACCGGUACCAAAAGCAUGAUGUCCCAUAUGUGACUAGUGACAUAAGCUGUGAUAAGUGGGCAUGGGUGCUCUUCAAGGCCGUUGUCAAUGUCAAAGGCGACACUGUGAUUGUUUCAAAAGCGGUUGAUUCCAGUGCAAAUGUGCAACCUGAGAGCGUGGAAUCAAUCUGGAACCUGAGAGGAAUUCUGAACACAUGCUGGCAUCGUGUCCACCUUUUGGCUACACCUAAUCUUAGAAGCUUCAUGUGAUGAUCCCACCCGUCCACACAUUUUCAUCAGCUUAUUACACUGCAAUUACCAACACAACUUGGCAUUGUCAUUUUGGUUAUGCUCUGCACCAGAGUGAAGAGAGGCAAGAGGUGUCAAUAAUUACGUAUCUGUGAAAAUUUCAGGGUAAUUUGGUUGGAUGUAAAAUAAAUCCAUUCUGGAGUCUUAUCACUUGCUAGGGAGGAGUUCUAUGACUGGAGUUGGGCUUGGGCCUGGGCUAGAGGCAUUUUAUUCCUCCUCACCCUUAUAUAUGCCAUAUAAACAGUAGAGUUCCAUGUUAGUCGGGUCAAUCUUCCUUAUAUAUAAUCAAGGCAUUAUCUGUUUUGUAUU